GAGUGUAAAGCUACAUGCACACGGCACGGACACUUUCAUUCGAAUUCAUUUAAUAACAAUACUUAUAAUAAUGACAAACAGCCAGGGAUUACGUUGAUAUCGAGCUACGUUUUAGAACUUAGGGUGAUCUUCCAUAAUGGGAUGUCCCAAAAGGGCCAUUGUCGUACUGUUGUCCUUUCUGGGUUUCCUGAUUCUCUUUGGCUUCAGAACGGUGAUCACCAUAGUAAUGGUCUACGUCAUCAAAGACAAUGACAAUGAUAGGAUUGGUCUGUUUAAGGAGUGCACCAUAAAUGGUACAGCGUAUGACCUUCAGUUAGACUGGAGUGUGGCCACUUCUCAGUACUUUAACACGGCCUAUUUUGUGGGUUACGUUAUCACUCAACUGCCAGGGGGAUUUCUGGCUGUCCGAUUCUCCCCAACAAAGUUGUUCGGAGGAGCAAUAUUGAUCAGUGGAUCGUGUUUUGUGGUGCUAGCAUUUAUCAUGAAGUAUAGUCCAAUUAUAGUUUUUGUGAUCAGAUUUAUACAAGGACUUGCAGAGGGUGUAAGUCAGCCUGCCAUGAGUUCCGUGGUUUCCGCUUGGGCCCCAAAGUCAGAACGAACUAGGAUAGUAGGAAUCUCAUUCUCAGGAAUUUACCUAAGUACCUCACUGGCCUCUGUCAUUGCUGGGGCCACCACUUGUUACGUCAGCUGGCAUGCAGGGCUUUUCAUCUACGGAGGUUCGGGUAUUCUUUGGUCUCUUGUUUGGUUUUGUACGGUAUACGAUAGUCCCAUGAUGCAUCCAACAUUAAGCGAAAAAGAGAGGCGUAUCUUCACGGAAGAGGGUUCUAAUGUGACCAUAGCUUCAGCCUAUGUGGCUAAAAACAUACCUUGGAGAAAAAUUUUGACGUCAGUACCGGUUUGGGCUUUAUUGCUUGCCAAUUUUACCCGAUCUUGGGUGUUUGCCAUGAUCAUUACCGAGAUACCCCAGUAUUACGCCGAUGCCUAUGCCCUAAAUGUCGCAACGAUCGGAUUUUUGACAUCAUUCCCAUCCAUUUUGAUGACAUUUUCUGUGGUUUUGGGAGGAAUCAUUACUGAUAAAAUGAUUAAAGAAAAGAAAGUGUCAACUACUCUUGGUCGAAAAAUAUCCAUGGUCAUAGGUUUUGGAUUAGAGGCAGUGUGUGUUUUAGCCUUGGGUUUCGUCAAAGAUUACCGUACUGCCUCAGCUGUAAUCAUCCUUGCUGAGGGACUCGCGGGAUUCUCCACUGCAGGGUUUAAGGUGAACACAGUAGACUUGGCUCCACAGUACGCCAGUGUGCUGACAGGAAUCGUAAGGUCAGGGGUACUAGGGGCCACCGUCAGUACAGCGAUAGCCGGAAUCCUCAGACACAAGGAUGUUCAAUCUUGGCAGAAGAUUUUCUUUAUAACUGGAUCGUUGCAUUUGUUUUCUGUGAUAUUUUAUUCCAUUUUUGGAUCUGGACAACAACAGGAAUGGGCUCAGACAGAAUAUACUACAAUAGUGACUCCAAAAGAGGAAUCAAAAAUGACAUACGGUUCUACACUCGCAACUCAGGAGAAAAAUAGUUCUGAUCUUACAGGAAUCGUUUAUAAUUUUAAAGAAGACACACAUAAUGACAACACAUCAAAAGAUACCAAUAGUAAACUAGAAGUACAACAUCUUAUCAAGCCAUAAAAGUUUAGGAGCACAUGUCAGCAUAGAUCAAACUGUUUCUAUCUGAAUCAUGUGAAUAAAAUACAUAAAUAUGUUUGUAUAAUGUCCUGCAUAUGAUAUGGAGGUAUUAAGAAUGUACAGUGAAAUCAUUUUACAUGUAAUUUGUGGGGGACAAUGUUUAUGGGAAAGCAAAAUUUUAUUAUCCGCGGGAAUGUUCUUGUGUGGGUAACUUGUGUAUACACAAAAAUUUAAAGACAAAAAUGUUGACGAAAUAAUUGUAUGUUAUUUCGUGGGUAAGGAUGAACCACGAACUUGAAGAACAUUGGUCCCCCACUAAAAAUGAUAUACCAUAAUAUAAGGUCGCUUCUUAUAACUGUACUACUUGACAAAGAAGAAAAAGAAAUACAUAUGGAAAUCUAGCAGAGCUGAUGUUCUUUUUGGCCCAACAGCGCGGGAAAAUAUCAUAUAUAUAACUUUACCUCAUAUUGUUAAUUCCGUAUUGUUUAUUCCAUAUAUCCAAAUGAAUCUGAAUUAAAGACACCACAGAAUCUGUAAU